AUGGAUAUACGAUAUCGAGCAAUAUAUGGCUCGUUAUUAUUUAUUUUUUUAAUUGCAUGGAUUUUAUUAAUACCUGAACAAAUUAGUCAAUCUUAUCCUCGUGUAUAUGUAGCUAUUCCACCAGCAAAAAAAUUUGAUUAUAUAUUAGAACCUGGUGAUGAUAUAUGUGCAACUGAUGAACCAUUACUUUUAAUUGUUUAUGUUCAUUCAGCAAUAGAAAAUCGUCAUCGUCGAGAGUCGAUUCGUUUAACAUGGGCAUCAUAUUCAACAUUUGGAAAACAUAUAAGAGUUUUAUUUAUGCUUGGUUCAAGUCAAAAUACUGAAUUAAUGAAACAAGUACAAUUUGAAUUUGAUACUUAUCGUGAUAUUGUUCAACAAACAUUUAUUGAUACAUAUCGUAAUUUAACAUACAAAGGUAUAAUGGCAUUGAAUUGGAUAUCACGUCAUUGUCAUCGAGUAUCAUAUAUAUUAAAAACCGAUGAUGAUAUGUUGAUAAAUAUGUUUUCCAUUCUUAAUCAUCUACAUACAUUGACAAAUGUUUAUCCAACUGAAGCAUGGAAUUCAACAAUAGCUUGUCUUCUAUGGACACGAAUGCGUGUUUCACGAGAUCCAUCAUCGAAAUGGUUUGUUUCAUCUGAUGAAUAUCCCUAUGAACAUUAUGCACCAUAUUGUUCGGGUUCGGCUUAUUUUAUAACUCGAGAUUUAAUUCAACCACUUGUUGAAGCAACUCAACAUAUACCAUUCUUUUGGAUUGAUGAUUAUUAUAUAACAGGUCUUUUACCACGUGCAAUACAAUCAUCAGUUCAUGUUAAUUAUUUAUAUAUUAAUUCUCUUUUUGUUGUCAAUGUUGACCUAGUUGAACAACGUUUUCUUUCACCAUUUGGUCUUUCUUCCCUUGUUUUUGCCCAUAUGCCCUUGUCAGUUAAUCGUCUUUUAUAUGUCUGGCAAAAUUUAAUGUCAAAUAGUCAUGCAGCACAAAAAUAUCGCAAUCGAACAUUUUACUAG